ACGCUCUAUCAUGGCGAUAAAGCUGAUGGCAAAAGUCUCUUUGUUGCUGCUUAUGCAGCUGCUAGUGCCAUGUGUGGACGCAGGUAGCUGGCAGAGCUGCCAUGAAGUGUCCGUGACGAAGUGUGGUGUAGGUGACAGCAGUAGCGAUGGUCAUGAGUACCGGUAUGACAUUAGAGCGUACCGGUACAAGUGGACCAAAUACCCGCUUGAAGUUACCAGCUACAAUGGUCCCUUCGACACUGUGCCUUUGUCUCAGCGGUUUCAAUCCUGUCGGGUCUGCUCAAACGAAACAAUGCCUACCCAGGGGGGUCCCACUCAGAACCCUUCACCAGACACGAUGACCAAUAUCAUGAUCGUUGGCAACAAUGUCGGCAAGCUUGGCACUGACAAGGCAGAGAUCCUCUCUCAGAUCCCAUGUGGUGAAGAUUGCAGGUUGUGGUUUGUGGGAUGUAACCUAACGGCAAUAGAGGUAGGGGCGUUUGCUAAGUUGCCACAGGUGUCAAAACUGGUCAUCUGGCGGAGCAAUGUCCAGACUCUGAAGAACGGCACGUUUGCUGGGAUGGAGGGCCUCAAGUAUCUGCUGCUCUUGGAGAACAACCUGACACAUCUGGAGGAUGGCUGCUUUCAUGGGUUGCCCAGGUUGUCCCACCUCAUCCUUGUGGACAACCAAAUCCUGACGAUGUCGCCCGGCGCGUUCCUGGGAGUACAGCCGCGGUGGGUCGACGUAAGUGCCAAUCUUAUCGCUACUGUAGAACCCGGGACCUUGCAGGCGAUCAAGUCCGUAGAACAUGUCCGCGCGGUUGAGAACAAACUGCGAUCUAUCGGCGUGGAGAUGUUCCACGGGCUUGAACGGCUAGGAUACCUGAACCUGGAGGGUAACAGAAUCUCCCACAUUGCUGAGGGCGCGUUCCACUCAAACACGAAAAUGCAUGCCCUAAAUCUGGCGGGAAACAGGCUGACCUUCCUGUCUGGUGGUUGGUUCAAAUCGUCAUUUCCAAACAGUCUCAACAUGCGUAGAAAUGAUAUUGCCGCUAUGGCUACGGAAGGGAGGGCGCUGCCCCGCUGGCGGGGAAUCUGGCUCGACAACCCGCCGCGCUGCACGUGUGCGAACGAUUGGCUGUACGAACGCGAGGGAAACACCCUUAAGAUCAAGCAGCAGUUUAUCCGGGUAAUCAUGGUCCGCCCUCCCCCUUCAAGCUGCCCCGCCUCGCCGCUGAUGCCAAUUCCCCCGGCUCCGGUCAAUCCCAACGGAUUGCCCUGCCCUGUACCGCUGGUUGAGGUUACGCAUGUUGAGCGCAGCGCCGCGUACAGGUACGAAGCCGCUGGCGACGUGUAUUGGGAGCAAUUGCCGACAGUGACCUUUGCCUUCCCUGACGGCUUACACCACACACUCAACAUAACAUACGACACAAGCGCGACCACACACGACAGUCUGCCGACAGGCAACCUAACCGUGAGAGUGGUGACCGACCUAAAGGCUGAGGGCUGGGUGAAAUGUAAGGGGCCAGAAAUCCUGUUCGGGGAAACAGGAAAUCACAGCCUGUGUUUUGAUUACAUGGGAAAGUCCAGCUUCACCCUUUGGCUUGUGACCUCCGAGCCCUUGUCCUUUGGGAACACCACUUGUACGGCUUCUUCGGAGACUGGAUCCGACACUGUCGUCUUCGCGACGAGCGCGCGAUCACACUCUGACAUGACAACACUACAACACGACAGGACCACAACCGAGCUGACACUCCUCAACACAACACCAUUCUCAGUCAGCAUCAGCACUACACCACUAUCCAGUGGCAUCAACACUACACCACUAUCCAGUGGCAUCAACACUACACCACUAUCCAGUGGCAUCAGCACUAUAUCGCCAGCUACUAGCACGAGCAAUGAUGCAGACCUCACGUGGUACAUCGUGUGGGCAGCUCUGGGCGGGUUGUCGGCUGCUGCGUUAGGGGUUUGGGGAUGUGCCAUGGCCAGCUGUAUCAAGCAGAAGCUCAAGCGCAAUGCCCCUGAUAACGGCGCAGGUCCAUCCCGCAAUGACAACCAGAUCGCUGCCUGCUCCAUGUGGCCCCUUCCAGGUGGCAACUCGGAGGAGUCAGUGAUCAGUCCGUACGCUGAGGGGCGUUUGGAGGAUCACGACAGCUUGAAUGAUUCAGAGUCUGUCAUCAGCCCUUACGCUGAGGGUGGUUUCAAUGACCAUCCUGAUUUGCGCAGGGCCGAAUCUUCGCAGUCAGAAAUCGCCCCGUACGGGCUGGCGAAGCUGUGCCAAGCGUACUGCCCCCGCGCGCACACACACCCCGUGCCGUCCCGCCCGUACAGCACCGAGCGCCCCCGUCAGAAACCAAACAGGGCAGGGGCCGUCCUGGCUGCCUAUGACCAAAACGUUCGCGACAAGUCCGACCAAAGCUGCUACAAGCACCCCUCCAUUCUCCCCAACCCGGGUACUACCAAGUCCUCUGCCUACCAACAGAAUGCCAGCGCCGCCCAGCGUGCCCGCAAGGCACCUUGCUACAACUCCCCUGCCCUGGCCACUGACCUAAAGCGUACCCUGUCCAACACAUAUGACCAGCAUGACCCUAGCGAGGAAGUCUGCAACUCCGCAGCGUCCCCCGCGGCCAAUACCUACCAGCCCGCCGCCUCGCCUGGUGGUGAGACCGGUACUCAGUCCGCCAUGUAUGAUGAAAACCAUCCUAGCCAGGCCGCGCCCGCCACCGGUGGGGCAAACAGGUACGUCUGUCCCUCCCCUGCGGCCGGUGCUGGCGGGUCUCGGGCAGGUACCUACUGCCAGAAUGACCGCAGAGAGGCAGUAAACAACACCCCAGAAAACCCCGAGACAAACAGCUAUGAACCGGCGUCCGCUAACUGUCAGAUUCAGUGA